AUGGUUGAACAAUGUCCAUUGGAUAUGUGUCUUUCUUAUAAUCUUUGUACAUCAAAUUCAAGUUUUGGUAAUUUAUACUUUGGCUGUAAAGAUGAAUAUGGUAAUAAAGUCCAAACAAAGAAUGGUAUAAGAUGUUUCUCACAUUUCAAACCAAUACUUUUAAUACCAAUUUUAGUAUUCCAUUUAAUAUUUGCAUUAGUAUUAUCGUUAAUUAAACAUAAUAGUUUUAGAAUACCAAUUAGUCAAAUUAUAAUAUUCCUUCAAAUUAAUUCAGUAGUAUUCUUUUCAUAUAGUGGUAUUUACAUUUUACCAUUAUUCGGAAUGUCAGUAGACAUGCUAGAUGGUUAUUGUCUAUGGGAGGGUUUAAAUUAUAAUUUCAAAAGCUUUUUAUCGUUUUCAAUUAUAAUUUCAUUAUUUUUAAUUGGUUCAACUGAUAUUACGCCUAUAGUUUUAAUUAAAAUUUACGAGAAAAUACCAUUAAUAGCAAAUAAUAAUAGCAUUAGAAAUAGGAAAAAAAAUAUAAAUGAUUCAGAGAAGACAAUAAUUGAAAAAACAUGGUGCCCCAGAUUUUUAAAAGAAAAAAUAAAAAAGAGAAUAAAUGAAAAAUCAAAUUCAAAAGUAUAUUAUUGGAAAUCGAUUUGGUCAUUUAUUUCAACUUUUUGUAAUACCUUUGAUGUUCAACUCAAUAUCUUUAAUACAAUUUUAUACUGCUAUUAUACCUCAAUUCAAAUAGUUUAUAUGUCCUUUUAUUUCUUCUUGGCCACCUCCUCAAAUAACUCAUCAAGAGAUUUAAAUAACUAUAUUAAUUUGGCACAAUUAAUAAUUUUCAUUGUUGCAAAUUCAAAUUUACUGCAAUUAGGGUCGCUUUUUGGCCAAGGUUUAGUGUUGACUAGUGUAUCAUUUUCAUUUUCUUUGUUUAGUCUUUUUUUUGUUUUUUGUUAA